AACAUUGCCGAGCCUUGGUUCAAGUGCAGAGCAGAUCUCGAAACGCUACGAAAGUUGCAAAUACCACUAUUUGUCCUUAGCAAGGAGGACUCGAUUGAACUACACGCCUUCUCCGAUGCAUCGACCAAGGCAUAUGCUGCUGCUGUUUACUGCCGGUGUCGAAACAAGGACGAAACAUAUUCGGUUUCGUUGGUGGCUGCCUAAACCAGGGUAGCACCACUGAAACAACAAUCUUUACCUCCACUGGAGCUGUGUGGAGCGCUGCUGUUAAGUCGCCUGAUACGAUCACUCAAGAAAGGACCACGACACAAGGAAAUUCAGGCACAAAUUCAUGGUGCAAUUCAACUAUUGUUUUAUCCUGGCUAUCAUAUCCACUAUCGAAGAUGAAAAUCUUCGUCGCAAAUCGCACUUUCGAAAUUCUGGAAACAUUGCCACAACAUACCUGGCAUCACGUAAGCUCAAAGGAGAACCCCGCCAACUGCGCAUCAAGGAGAAUGACGACUUCCAAACUACUAGAAUUUCACCUGUGGUGGAACGGGCCACCAUGGCUACACAACGAUGACGAGUGCACGGCAAAGACCAUCACUCCCAAGAAGAUGGACAAUUUAUUAUCAGCAUUUGACGACCUUAUUCAACGCAUCUCAUCCUGGUGGAAGCUGGUACAUAGCCUGGGCUAUGUUCUACGCUUUAUCCGACGACUGAAGAAGACACAAAACCGAGCGGAAUAA